AUGCAACUAUUCCGACGAAAGCAAUAUAUCUGCACGAGCUGCGCUGAGGCGCUCAAGUCGCCAUCGCGACGGGGGAUCACUAGCAGUAUCCAUGGCUACCGACGCCCCUACAGCAGUACGGUGCCAGGUAGAAAGCCGCUUCGCCUGGCGGUCCUCGGAUCAGGCCCAGCGGGCUUCUAUACGGCAUAUCGGGUGAUGCACAAGCUUCAAGAUGCUGUGGUGGACAUGUACGAGCAGCUGCCGGCGCCUUACGGGUUGGUGCGAUAUGGCGUUGCGCCAGAUCAUCCAGAGGUCAAGAACUGCCAGGACAAAUUCGAAGAAGUAGCAUCAUCGCCGCGCUUCAACUUCAUUGGGAAUAUAGACGUUGGCCAUGACCUACCUCUGACCUCGCUCCGGCCGCAUUACGACGCUAUACUCUUCGCUUAUGGUGCAGCAGAAGACAAGAGACUAGGGAUACCCGGUGAGGAUCUGAGGAAUAUAUACUCUGCCCGGGCUUUCGUAGGAUGGUACAACGGCCUCCCCCAAUAUGCGGGCCUCAGCCCAGUGCUGGACGCCGUUGAGGAGGCCGUCAUCAUAGGCCAGGGUAACGUAGCAAUGGACGUCGCGCGCAUCCUUCUAAGCGACAUCGACGCGCUGCGAAAGACCGACAUCACCGAGUACGCCCUAGACGCCCUAUCCCGCAGCAAAGUCAAGAACGUCAAAGUGGUGGGCCGGCGCGGACCAAUGCAAGCAGCCUUCACGAUCAAGGAAGUGCGCGAGCUCCUGAAUCUCCCAUCCGUCUCCUUCGAGCCCAUCCCCUCCGAUCUCCUCCCUCCGGAUCCGAAGAAACUCCCCCGCCAACAACGACGCAUAGCAGAGAUCCUCGCAAAAGGCUCGCCAACCCCUCCCUCCGCCGCGACCAAAUCCUGGGCCUUCCGCUUCCUGCACGCGCCCUCCGCCUUCAACCCCUCCCCCAACAACUCCUCCACCCUCGCCAGCACAACCUUCAACCUCACGCGCUUCACCCCCGACUCCAAUCCCACCGACCGCUCUGCCCGCGUCGAGUCCACGCCCGAGACCGUCACGCUCCCCUCAUCCCUCGCCUUCCGUUCCGUGGGCUACAAGUCCCUCCCCCUGCCCGGCCUCUCCGACCUCGGUGUCCCCUUCGAUCGCCGCAUGGGCAUCAUCCCGAACGAUCUGUACGGCCGUGUCAUCAGUCCCGAGAUUGGGCCCGGAGUCCUGACCGCCGGCCACGUGCCCGGUAUGUACUGUGCCGGGUGGGUGAAGAGAGGGCCGACGGGCGUGAUUGCGAGCACGAUGGAGGAUGCGUUUACGUCUGGUGAUGUCAUUGUGAGCGACUGGGAGAACGGGGUGCCGUUUUUGAAAAACAAUGGGGAAGGGAGUACGGGGAUGGGGUGGGAGGGGGUUAGGGGAGAGGCGGAGAAGAGGGGAUUGAGGAGGGUGAGUUGGGAGGAGUGGAAGAGGAUUGAUGAGGUGGAGAGGGAGAGGGGGAGGGUGAAGGGGAAGGAGAGGGAGAAGUUUACGGAUGUCCGGCAGAUGUUGGAGGUUCUAGACUCGUAG